AUUGAACAACUUUUAAAAUUAAAACAAUCGUUAAUAGAAGAAAAUCAAAAAAAAGAGAAAAUCAAUUCAUUUAAUAAAUAUUCAACAGUAUUGAAAUUUAAAGAUAACAUUGAACCUUUAGAAUUUUCAUUUUGGUCCACAUUUAGAAAUAAAACUAUUUUCAAAAGAAUUUUUUCC